CCGGCCCCCGCCCCGGCCCCGACCCGAGCCGCCCGCGCCCAGGUAGCGCCGCCCCGUCCCGAGGCCGGGCCCGGGGGCGCGGGGCGGCGGGGUGCGGCGCCCGGGGCGGCGAUGACCGCGCAGCGCGCCCCGCGGGCCCGGCCCUGAGCCCCGCCGCCCGCGAGCUCCGCCGAGGUCCGCACUGGCCGACAUGACGCCGAGCCCCGCGUUGGUGCUGCUGCUGCCGCUGCUGCUGCUGCUGGGGGCCCUCCCGCCGGCCACCGCCGCCCGAGGCCCCCCGAGGAUGGCGGACAAGGUAGUCCCGCGGCAGGUGGCCCGGCUGGGCCGCACUGUGCGGCUGCAGUGCCCUGUGGAGGGGGACCCGCCGCCACUGACCAUGUGGACCAAGGACGGCCGGACGAUCCAUGGCGGCUGGAGCCGCUUCCGCGUGCUGCCCCAGGGGCUGAAGGUGAAGGAGGUGGAGCGGGGGGACGCUGGCGCCUACGUGUGCAAGGCUACGAACGGCUUCGGCAGCCUGAGCGUCAACUACACCCUCAUCGUGAUGGAUGACACCAGUCCAGGAAGGGAGAGCCCGGGGCACGACGGCUCUUCCGGGGGCCAGGAAGACCCAGCCAGCAAGCAGUGGGCCCGGCCCCGCUUCACGCAGCCCUCCAAGAUGAGGCGCCGGGUGAUUGCGCGGCCCGUGGGCAGCUCCGUGCGGCUCAAGUGCGUGGCCAGUGGGCACCCACGGCCCGACAUCAUGUGGAUGAAGGAUGACCAGGCCUUGACGCGCCCGGAGGCUGGUGAGCACAGGAAGAAGAAGUGGACCCUGAGCCUGAAGAACCUGCGCCCCGAGGACAGCGGCAAGUACACGUGCCGCGUGUCGAACCGCGCGGGCGCCAUCAACGCCACCUACAAGGUGGACGUGAUCCAGCGGACGCGCUCCAAGCCCGUCCUCACGGGCACGCACCCCGUGAACACGACGGUGGACUUCGGAGGCACGACAUCCUUCCAGUGCAAAGUGCGCAGCGACGUGAAGCCGGUGAUCCAGUGGCUGAAGCGCGUGGAGUAUGGCGCCGAGGGCCGCUACAACUCCACCAUCGACGUGGGCGGCCAGAAGUUCGUGGUGCUGCCCACGGGUGACGUGUGGUCGCGGCCCGACGGCUCCUACCUCAACAAGCUGCUCAUCACACGCGCGCGCCAGGACGACGCGGGCAUGUACAUCUGCCUGGGCGCCAACACCAUGGGCUACAGCUUUCGCAGCGCCUUCCUGACCGUGCUGCCCGACCCCAAGCCGCCAGGGCCGCCCGUGGGCCCCUCGUCCUCGACCACCAGCCUGCCGUGGCCCGUGGUCAUCGGCAUCCCAGCCGGCGCCGUGUUCAUCCUGGGCACCGUGCUCCUGUGGCUCUGCCAGGCCAAGAAGAAGCCAUGCGCCCCCACGCCCGCCCCUCCGGUGCCUGCACAUCGCCCGCCCGCGACGGCCCGCGACCGCGGCGGGGACAAGGACCUGCCGGCGCCCCCCACCCUCGGUGCCGGCCCCGGUGUGGGGCUGUGUGAGGAACUCGGGCCCCCGGCGGCCCCCCAGCACCUGCUGGGCCCGGGCUCAGCCCCCGGCCCCAAGCUUUACCCCAAACUCUACACGGACACGCACACGCACACGCACUCACACACGCACUCGCACGUGGAGGGCAAGGUCCACCAGCAUCAACAUAUCCACUACCAGUGCUAGGGUGCCUCAGGGUGGGCUUGUGGGGGCCCGUCCAGCCGGGCAGGCUUGGGGCAGGGGCCACAGAGGAGGAUGGACUGCGGUGAGAGGCGCCCCACGUGAGACACACACACACCUGGACGCACACACAUGCAUGACAUACCUCGGGACACACACACACAACUACACACACACACACACACACACACACACACACACACUCAGACUAAGAAGCCUUCAGGAAGGUCUGUAUUGUAACUCUGCAGUGCGCAUGUAGCGAUGGGCUAGCUCAUGAAGGAAUCCCUUGGCCCCGUGAUAAGGAUUUCAUGGGGGCCAUGGUCACCCCCCCCACCCUGGCCUGGCAGGAGAUCUGAGAGGCACCCUGGCUUUGCAAACCAAAAACUCCGACCCCCUUCCCUAUGCCUGCCCGCCUGUGUCCCUGCCCAGGCUAUUUUUGCCACCACCUGUCCUGGGUGUCCAGGAGUCCACCAGUGCCCUGGGCAGGGGGGUCGGGCGGAGCAGUCCUAGGCCCCGUCCUGAGAGGCCGGAGCUGGCUGGGGGUGCCUCCCGUCCCACUGCCAGAGAGAAGGGGCCCUUGAUAUUUAUAUUUAAGAAAUUAAGAUAAUAAUAUUAAUGAUGAAAGGAGGGCUGGGCCACAGAGACUCGGCCUCUCCUGAGGCCCAGGACCCACUUGGCCUUUUGGCCACGCUGGAUGUCCACCUCGGGACCGGGCAUCCAUCACCCCACUACCCGUGGCGGCCCCAGGCCUCUGUAAUUUUAUAUAGAGUUUGAGCUGAAGCUUCGUAUAUUUAAUUUAUUUUGUUAAACAAGAAAAUGUGCAUCCUUUCCUCUAA